AUUUUUGUUUUUGUCGUCAAACGUUGUCGCUUAGCAACCGCAAUCUCGGAGAACCCAGUUCACGAUUCAAAAAACUAAAGCAACAUUAAAAACCAAAAACGCUCGUUAUGACGAUAUUCGGCGCUCUAAACGUUUACUUUUGAACAUCGUUCUAUGUUUCCAACAGUGACGAUGGAACAACAAAUUGACGCCGUGGACGCAAAGUUGCACGAAGUUGUUAAACAAUCUCUAAAAGAUGGCCCCAAUUGGAACAACUUUGUAUCAACUGUAGAAACCGAAAUAAAGAAAAUCUUGGAAAAUAAACGUGUGAUUAAUAUAGCAAAAAAUAAACCUGUACAAUCUGAAACAACUGAAUUGAUUAAUAAGCUCAUAUUUGAAUACAUGGAUUGGAUGGGAUAUCAACUCACAAACACAAUGUUUAAGAAAGAAUUGGGAACCGAGUUAAAGGCAAAUGGUUAUCGUAAGCAGAUGACUUCAUUAUUAAGUCUUGAAGACACUGAUGAAACAUUAAAACUGCCUCUUUUAACAGUGUUGAUUACAAUGUUUAAGAAUAAAGAUGGAAACAACCAAGAACCCUUAGACAAUUGAGGAAAAACCUAUUUAUUGUUAUAAAUUAUACCUUGUAUUGUAUAAAACUUAUUAGGAAUAUCUGUAAUUAAUUGUAAUAAUCCUUAUUUUUACAAUACAGUUUAAUAUAAUGAAUAAU